GUCAAUUCUUCAUGUGAAGAUCAUGUCUUCUUAAACAAUGAAAGCAAAUUCUUCCAUCUUUAAUCCAAAUCCGACUGCUUUGCUUCACAGGCACGAUUAAAGUUUCACCCAGAUUUCGAAUUCCUUUGAGAACCCAACUCGAACUUCGUUUUUAUCUAUCGGUGAAUUUUGUUUCUUUUCUGGCCAAAUCGGCCAGAAACUCUAGUUCAAUACCCUACGAUUUCGCUAUUCACAGCAUAAUUCGCUUCAAAUUUAACCCUCCAUGUACUAUAGAGAUCCCGAAUUACCGAGAAGGUGUAUUUGAUAUACCCUACAACACUGAUAUCUUUGUUCACUGCUAGUUUUUUUGGCCAAAACAUCGAUCUUGGCCUCUUCUUCACAAGAGAAUUCAUUGCCCAACCGACAAAGCAUGAAUUCUUUAUCGGGUUCGUUGUUGCUUCCCCUGACUACAGCCACCGCCUCUUCUGGGUCCACAAAGAUUUCCCUUUCAAGUUCAAAUACGGUCUUUCUGGGUUUUCAUGAGCGGAGGAAAGAACUGAAAAAGGUUACUUGUGCUUGUGUGGCGCCUCCGCAAAACUUGGGUGGUGAUGGGUUUGCUGCUAUCAAAUCCAAUGAUUCGUUGAAAUCGGAGAAUUUAAGCACAGUACGGGAGCCAGAGGAUGAGUCUGAUGUGCUCAUUGAGUGUAGCAAUGUGUACAAGUCUUUUGGGGAAAAGCAUAUAUUGAGAGGUGUGAGCUUUAAGAUUAGACAUGGUGAAGCUGUUGGAAUAAUUGGACCUUCUGGCACUGGGAAAUCUACAAUACUGAAGAUUAUGGCGGGACUUCUAUCACCAGACAAGGGAGAGGUUUAUAUUCGAGGUAAAAAGAGGGAUGGUUUGAUCAGUGAUGAAGAGAUAUCUGGGCUUCGAAUUGGAUUGGUGUUUCAGAGCGCAGCACUUUUUGAUUCUUUGACUGUUCGUGAAAAUGUUGGUUUUCUUUUGUAUGAAAAUUCAAAAAUGCCUGUAGAUCAAAUCUCAGAUCUAGUGACGGAAAAUUUGGCCGCUGUUGGUUUAAAGGGGGUUGAGGAUCGAUUACCUUCUGAGUUGUCUGGUGGAAUGAAGAAACGAGUUGCAUUAGCUCGCUCUAUAAUUUUUGAUACUACGAAAGAAGCAAUAGAGCCAGAGGUGCUGUUGUAUGAUGAACCGACAGCUGGGCUUGACCCAAUUGCUUCUACUGUAGUUGAAGAUCUCAUCCGCUCUGUCCAUACGAAAGGUGAUGAGCAUGAGAAACCUGGAAACAUUACGUCUUAUGUGGUAGUUACUCAUCAACAUAGUACCAUUAGAAGAGCUGUUGACAGGUUGUUGUUUCUCUAUGAGGGGAAGGUAGUUUGGCAAGGAAUGACUCAUGAAUUUACAACAUCAAACAAUCCAAUCGUUCAACAGUUUGCAUCGGGGAGCUUGGAUGGCCCUAUCAAAUACUAGCUAGAAUAUUAAUCAAACUUCAUUGUUUACGAGCCCUCACAGGAUUACUGAUUUUUGAGUGCCCGUAGAAUCUCCUUUAGAGAAUGCUCAGAAAUGGCACGCCUGAAUGAGAAUUCCCUAUAUCAUCUUCCAGAAUUGCAGACGGCGCUUGAAAGAGCAAUGGAUCCUCCUGGUUUUGGUCUCCAGGAGUUCGAUUGGGUUUCAUAUGAUGAUAAUUGCUAGUGUUCUCAUUUGGGUUUGUUGUACUUUUUGUAUCUGCAAGUUCUAGUUUGUUGUUGUUUUUUUUUUUUUUUAAAAUGAGGAAUUCAUCCAAAACACAGCCGCAUUGGACCUGCCUUACAUGGUAGAUCCUCAACAAGUGAGUCCCCGUCCCACAUGCACUAGAUAAUUACAGGGCUUCGACCCAUAGGGGUGGCUCCAAAAUUAUUAUUAUUUUUUUGCUGGAUGUGGGAGUUGAACAUGGUUGUUGUAUCUGCCACUUCAGUUCUCGUUUGGGACUAAAGUGCUUACGGAUAUUUCUAUU